AUGUUCGGAGUGAGCUCCCUGUGUGGGCUGGGGAGGGAGGGAGAGGGGAGUGAGGCAGGUUUAGCAGAGCUGGGCAGUUUAAGGAAGUUUGCAGAGCGCUUUGAGAGCUAUGUGUGCCGGGCCCGGGCCCUGGAGAGGAGCAGCGCCACACUGGAGAAACAGGUGGAGAGUAUCAGGCAGAUCGAGGAACUCUCGGGUCUGGGGGGAGUCUUUAUGGAACAGAUCGACCAACAGCAGCAGAGUCUCUGGCGGCUACUCAGGGACCUGAACAUGCUGGAGAAGGAGCUGAAGGACAUGAAGCAAAUCUUGGAGCUGUUUCACACCAGACACAGAGCUGAAUAUGAGAAAAACAAACAACUUCAGGACACCUUUGAAAACUUGAAUAAGAACGCAAACAAAGCUUUAUUAAGGAACUUAGAACUGCAGAUCCGUACCCAGCUCCUGCAGGAAGAUAUAAACUCCAUUAAAGAGAGAAACAGGAAGAAUCUAGCAGAAAUCCAGGAUUACCUGAAUGUUCUGACGGAUGUGCGCCAGUCUAUAAACUGUGAAGCUGCAAAGGGGACAAACUGGGAGGGAGAAGAGAAUGAGCUGGCAGUGGAGAAGGGAUCUGCACUGACAUCUCAGUUACACAACGGCGAGAGCGACCCCAGUCCAUUACAGAGCCAGGAACAGAGUGAGACAACAGCAGUGGAGCAGCCGACCACAAGAAAGCAUGAAGGUGACCCGGGUCAGAUGGAGUCACACAGAGAGCAAAUUGAAGUCUUGGCGACACAGAUGGGAGAAGCCGAGAGGAAUUUGGAAAAAUGUGCCAAUGAGUGUCAGUGUGUCAUCGGGUACCAGCAGUUGCUGGACGACGAACUGGAGAGCUACAAGAAGUUUGUCGCAAGUGAAGAUUCCAGAUCACAAUCUACUCUGACUGAAGUAACCACAAUAUCAACAAGCAGUCGAUAUGACAACACAGAUGUCCCACCCAUGAGCAAAGACAUCACAGCGGCUGCACUAUACAGCACACCUCUUCAGGCCAGUGGAAUGGCGCUCUCUAGGAAAAUGUCAAAGAGAAAGGCUGUCACUCCAUCAGAUGCCAGGUGCAGUAGUGGAGCAGACCAGGAAUGUGCAAAGAAACCUUCUGAAUCGAGUGAAGACCAUAAAGUCAGUGCCAGUGAGGAUGAGGAAGAAGACGAGGAUGUUGAGUUUUAUUCUGAUGAGGGAGAAGAGGCCACAAGACCAGAUGAUGUACCAGAUGGAGCACAGAUCAGUAGGCUUUAUAACGCCCUGUGUAAUAUAGUCCUGGACAGAAUGGGAAGACAGAAAAAACCAGAACCACCUGUAGCAGCAUUAUAUACCAAAGGGCACUAUGUGUUAGUCACAGGUGAAGCCAGUUAUAUGGACCCUUUCUUCUGUACAACAGUUCCCACAAGGAGUCAAGUGAUUGUUACUUUUGAUAUGGACUCUCUACCGCAGCCCGAACAACCCACCCCUUUAAAAUACAAUGGUGAUGGUGAUGGGGCAAAAGAAUUUGACUCCACUAAAGAGAAUGGCAAAGACCAUGUGGGUGAAAAAGAAGAUGAAAAGCCAGACGAUAGAAAACCAAGUGCUAAUGGAGAACUGAAGAGACCGACAAUAUCGCCGUCAAUUUCACCCUCAACUCCACCACCGCCAGAUCCUUCUCAAGUCUCAGAUUAUAAACCCACACCUUUGAAUGGCCCAUCUACACCACAGUCAGAUGUAAAUGCUCCUGAUCACUUGGAAUCGAGAGAUGUUCCUUCUGGACAGAAGCAGAAAGAUGAAGGAGGAACCGUGAUCACUCCAAGCCAGCCACUAUCACCUGAUCUUAAAGUCGCAGAGGAGCCAAAGUAUCGGUACUACGAGAAGGUAGAAAUGACCGAAGCCGUUGAGACAUUUAGAGAUAAUAAGCUGGAGACUUACUCGGAGACUUCCACCAUUGUAGAGACCACAGUGGAAAAGACAAAACAGGAACAGAAGACCAAGAGGUCCUGAGUUAAGACACACACACAUACAAUAUUUACAAAUGUAAUUUUGCAUCUCAGAGUUAAGGCUUCACCGCAAUGUAUGCUGACAGUGAAUUGCAAAUUGUUUUCUUUCAGGAAUUUAAUUAAUGCCAGGGUCAGACUGCGAAUGAGUGUUUAAUAGUUUGCGUGUGUUAUUCACAAAUAAGCCUCUUUGAAAGCUUAAGUAUCAGAUUCAUGAAGAAAGUAUGGGUCACUCUGCUUAACUUCAGCUAAAAGCCUUGCUUCAUGUCAUCAAUCAAGUUGAAUUUCUGCAGCAAUUAGAGCCGACAACAAGAUUUUAAAAGAAAAGAAUUGACAGAACUUUAUUGGGCAAUUGUUAGCAAUAAUUAAAUAAGGGGUUUACUCCUAUUGACACAAUGCACGAUGAAUAAAUA